CCUGGAAGCGGAAUGUCCGAGUCGUGUGAAGGUGAGGGGUGGGCUUUAAAGUGAGUGGCCUGAUCACCUGUUUUGCGCUCGGAGGACAGACCAGUUCUAGAUGGUGGUUGUGCGUCUGCUUCCACCCACUUUGAGUGAUGUUCAAGCUUUUGGUGGAUAAGCUCUGCCUUCUUCAAAUCAAAGAGGUUUCAUGACUUCAUGAAACAUGGAUUCUCUGGAUCACAUGCUCACUGACCCAUUGGAGCUGGGGCCAUCAGUGGAAGGCAAUGGCGGCCAAAUCAUGGAGGAUUGUAUGCUGGGCUCUAUAAGAAUCAGCCUGCCAGAAGAUCUUCUGGAAGAUCCCGAGAUCUUUUUUGAAGUUGUCAGUUUUUCAACAUGGCAGAAAGUGCUGGUGGAUUCACAACGAGAACACUUGAAAAAGUUCCUGCCCCACUUCCCUGAAAACAAUGCUGAGUACCAGAACAACCUAAUCCUGUCUCUGUUCAGUGGAGAGAACUUCCGCUUCGGAAAUCCCCUGCAUAUUGCCCAGAAGCUCUUCCGAGACGGGCACUUCAAUCCAGAAGUGGUGAAAUAUCGACAGCUUUGCUUCAAGUCUCAGUACAAGCGCUACCUGACUUCUCAGCAGCAGUACUUCUACCGGCUGUUGAAGCAGAUCCUCGCCUCCCGGAACCACCUGUUAGAACUGGCUAGGAAAGGCGGUCCUGACCUAAUCCUAAAGAGAAAACACUCAGCUGCUAACUGUGCUGCGGAGGCCCGGGACAGAAGGACCCAUCAGCGAUACCUGAAAAUCCUCAGGGAGGUGAAGGAGGAAUGUGGAGACACUGCUUUGUCCUCUGAUGAAGAAGAUCUAAGCUGGAUUCCAACUUCUCCAGCACACUGUCCAAGCCCUGCGCUUUCUCUCAGAGUGAUCCCCACAUUAUCAACCCAAGAUAUGAAAACAGCAGAUAAACUGGAAUUUGGUGAGAACGAUCUGAAGACAAUGCUGAAGAAACACCAUGAGAAGCGCAAGCGGCAACCUAAUCACCCGGAUUUAAUGUCAGGGGACUUGACGCUGAAUGACAUCAUGAUGCGUGUGAAUGCUGGCAAGAAGGGGUCUUUGGCAGCCUUGUUUGACCUCGCUGUACUCAAAAAGAAGGUGAGGGAAAAGGAAGAGAGAAAGAAAAAGAAGCUGAAAGUGAUUAAAUCAGAAGUGGAAGACUUGUCCGAGUCCUUGGGCAACCCUGAAGGGAUCCCGCCAAUGUCUCAGGAUCCAUCCCCUGUGCCGCUUUCAUCUGUCAAAGAAGAGCCUCUUGAAGACAUCAAGCCUUGUCUUGGAGUGAAUGAAAUCUCCUCCAGUUUCUUUUCUCUGCUUUUGGAAAUUCUUCUCCUCGAAGGACCAGCUACUCUCUCAACGCUUGAGGAUAAAGUCAUGGACUGGCAGUCUUCCCCCGCCAGCACACUGAACAGCUGGUUCUCCUUUGCCCCCAACUGGUCCGAACUCGUCUUGCCGGCCUUGCAAUAUCUCACGGACGAGAGCAGAGAUACACCCUCCAGUUUUUCUCCAUUUGUUGAAUUCAAAGAGAAAAGUCAGCACUGGAAACUAAUAGCGUCUUCUCAAGAUCACGAGAAGGAGCUGGCAGCGCUCUUCCAGCUGUGGUUGGAGACCAAAGACCAAACGUUUUUCAAGGAUAACGAAGACAGCUCAGAUGCCACCACACCUGUUCCCCGAGUAAGGACUGACUACGUGGUCCGGCCUAGCACUGGGGAAGAGAAACGCAUUUUCCAGGAACAGGAGCGUUAUCGAUACAGCCAGCCUCACAAGGCCUUCACGUUCCGCAUGCACGGCUUUGAGUCGGUGGUGGGCCCAGUAAAGGGUGUGUUUGACAAAGAAACGUCUCUGAACAAAGCUCGAGAACAUUCGCUGUUGCGUUCAGACAGGCCUGCAUACGUCACCAUCCUGUCUCUUGUCCGUGACGCUGCAGCCCGUCUCCCUAAUGGAGAAGGAACACGUGCUGAGAUCUGUGAGCUGCUUAAGGACUCACAGUUUCUGGCUCCUGAUGUCACCAGCGCUCAGGUUAACACUGUUGUGAGCGGCGCUCUGGAUCGACUGCACUAUGAGAAGGAUCCCUGUGUAAAGUAUGACAUUGGCCGCAAACUGUGGAUAUACCUUCAUCGAGACAGAAGUGAAGAAGAGUUUGAGCGGAUUCAUCAGGCCCACGCUGCUGCCGCGAAAGCCAAAAAAGCCCUUCAGCAGAAGCCCAAACCUCCUGCAAAAACAAAAUCCAGCUGCAAGGAGAGUUCAGCGAAAGCCGCCAGUGGUAACACCUCUGAGCCAAGCCAGCUGAGCCUCAGCGAUUCCAGCAUGCCACCCACCCCGGUGACACCCACGGCCCCUCAGUUGCCGGCCAUGCCCAUUUCACCCCCCCCAGUCUCCGUGGUCAGCAAAAGUAUGCCGAGUGUUACUCCAGAGCAAGUGAAACCCAACCAAAGCAUCCUUUUGGUGUCUUCUCCUACCAUGCCACAGCUUGGGACGUUGCUUUCCACGGCACAGAGUACCAUCCAGACUCAGGCUGGGCCGCCGCAGUCGCCCUCUCGGGCAGCCGGCCACACCGUCUCCUCUGGACUCCCGCAGGUCCGAGUGGUAACGACACAGGCCAGCCUGCCGGCUGUGUCUCAGCCAUCCCCAACGAUAGCACAGCCACAGCAGCCACCGCCACCGACGUGCAUACCACAGAUCCGCAUCCCUGUCACUUCCGCACAAAGCAAAGUCCUGCCUCAGGGUGUUAUGACUGUCCCAGUGAAAGCUCAGACCAGCCCAGUCCAGGUGCAGCGGCCAGUCAUUUCAGUCACGGCGCCAGCCCCUAUUGCAGGGAUCUCAGCAGCGCCCAGUCCUGCUCCAAAGCCAGCCACCAGUUCGCCAGGCAUCUCUAUUCCCAACUCCUCUGCCGCUUCCUCCUCUUCCACCUCUUCCUCCUCCUCUUCAUCGGCCUCUGUCCUCCAGAAUGUUGCCGGUCAAAAUAUUAUCAAACAGGUGGCCAUUACUGGACAGCUCGGCAUGAAGAACCAGCCCGGUGGUGGCAUCCCGCUGACGGCCUCCAACUUCCGCAUCCAAGGCAAGGAUGUGCUCCGCCUGGGUCCCUCCUCCAUCACCACCGACGCCAAGGGGCAGACAGUCCUGCGCAUCACUCCGGACAUGAUGGCUACCUUGGCCAAAUCCCAGCUCACCACGGUCAAACUGACCCAAGACCUCUUCUCCGCUGCUGCCGGAAGCACAUCUGCCGGGAGAAGCAUCUCGGCGACUCUGCAUAUGAUGUCCAGCGCCAUCCAGCCUUCUGAAUCGCCGGCCAAGACCAGCGCGCCCAGCUCUGCUUUGCCCGGCCCAGCGGGGCCCACGGUGGUCAAAGUGACUCCUGACUUGAAAACCGUCGAGUCUACUGGCUCAGCCUUCAAACUGAUGCCCGCUCUGGGCAUGACACUGGCAGACCAGAAGGGCAAAGCCAUUACCACGGUGGCAACCACGGAGGCCAAGCCAGCCGCUACUAUAAGGAUUGUGCAGGGAAUGGGAGUCAUGCCCCCCAAAACCGGGCAGACCAUCACCGUGGCCACUCACCCCAAGCAGGUGCCCCCUUCUUCCACAGGGACCGUGGCGGGCACGGUCCACACGUCAGCUGUUUCCUUGCCGACCAUGGCAGCCUCUGUGUCGAAGGCGGUUGCUGUAGUGUCAGGAGGAGCCGGGACGCCCAUCACUAUAGGGACGGGAGCCACCACUAUGCGGCAAGUCCCCGUCAGCACCACUGUCGUGUCUACCUCUCAGGCAGGGAAGCUGCCUGCCCGAAUUACAGUGCCUCUCUCAGUCCUAAGCCAGCCUGUUAAGGGCAAAAGCGUGGUGCCCACCCCCAUUAUCAAGGGCAACCUUGGUGCCAACAUCAGUGGACUGGGGAGGAACAUCAUCCUCACCACGAUGCCGGCCGGGACAAAACUGAUUGCUGGGAACAAGCCUGUGAGCUUCCUCACUGCUCAGCAGCUGCAGCAGCUGCAGCAACAGGGCCAGGCGACACAGGUACGAAUUCAAGCUGUCCCGGCUUCACAUCUCCAGCAGGGCACGGUGUCUGGCUCAACCAAAACAGUCUCCACGGUGGUCGUGACUGCGGCGCCAACUCCCAAACAGACGCAAGAUCCACAGUGAAUUCAGCUGUGGAAAAUAACUUUUUCAGAGUUUACCUAGUCCUCUUCUCUCAUUUCUGCUCAUCCUGGGGUGGCACAUGGAAUGCUGGAAUUUCCCAUGGGGAAAGUUUGCCCUUUGAUUGGUCAGAGCAUAAAACACAAACCCCCAUACAAGCACUGGAGGAUGCUGUAUUUAACGACGAAUAUCAUCAUGUUAAGAUGCAGGUCUGGCAGUCCAGUGAGGGUAUUUUUGUUUUCCUUUUGGGGAUUUUCCUCCUAAAUAGCCUUUCUGUUCUUGACAUUCUGCCAAUGCUUGGAGUCAAGUUUGUGUUUCAGCAGAAUUUACCGGAUACAGCAAGAGAAAUGGUAAAGGUUGUGGAAUCGAUUGGGCAAAAUGUGUUGGCCUUGGACCUGAAUUUUAUCCUUUCAUCGCUAUUCUCGUGUCCAUUCAGAUGGUGGAUUUUUAAUAGCUUGAUGCAUAAGCAUUUGUUUAUGUCUCUGUUUUAUAAUUUUAGUUGGUUUUUAACAAAGCUGUUUUUCUUGCUGACUGUCCUUCCCUCCGUCCACACUGACGUACACCACUCUGCUUUAUCUCAUCAGAUUUUGCACAUUGUGAUAUACAAAAGACCUUAUGUGAAAUGCUUCCCAGAGAAACAGCUGAGAGCCGUAUUUGCGGGGGGGGGGGGGGGGGGGGGGCAGCAACGACGGCAAAAGCACACAGCCUCUCUAGCAGUUCCUUAGCAGCAGCAUCUUUGAAAUGCAAAAGAGACACUUUCUUGUGUGUUUUAGGCUCCGUUCUUUCCCACCAGACUGUUGAUUUUACUUCCCCCUGUUUUGUUUUUUUAGUAACAAGUUACUAGAAGACAUCUUCUGUCAUUUGCAUCCUUCCCCAAAACUUUUGUCUGUACAUUUAAGGCAGAAGUGAAACAAGGCAUUUAGUAACGAAAUAGAUGCGUUUGCGUCACUACCUAAGUUUGCUUUAUGGCUUCAGAAAAAAAGGGGCCCUGACCCUGACGUCAAAUAUUUAUUACCUCACCUGAUACUAGUUUUGGCUUAUUCGUUUGUAAAAUGGUUUCUUUGACACUAUCUCCUUGUUUGUUUGUUUGUUUUUUAAUCCAUGUCUUUCUGGCAGCCUUGGAAUAUAUUCCCAUUAAAGUUAGCCUACUUUUA